GUUUGCAGGACGUUUGGAACAAACCAUGGCUUAAAAUGAAACAGUCUUGGGAUUUGACUCACUUUCAAUAAAGAAGUCAUCUUUUGGGAAAUUAACCAUGAAAGAUUUUCCAUACAUUCCACUUCUCACUAUCUUCAUUUUGGCUGUCCUGGGCUUGGCUGACAGACUCCCAAAAGCUCCUUUCAUCACCACCCCCCUUGAGACACUGGAUGCCUUGGUGGAAGAAGUUGCUACUUUUAUGUGUGCUGUCGAUUCAUAUCCCCAGUCAGAGAUCACAUGGACACGUAAUAACAUUCCUAUUAGAUUGUUCGACACACGGUACAGCAUUCGAGAAAGUGGUCAACUCCUGACCAUUCUCAGUGUGGAGGAAAGUGAUGAUGGUGUGUACUGCUGCCUGGCCAAAAAUGGUGUAGGAGACUCAGCAGAAAGCUGUGGGGCUUUCCAAGUAAAAAUGAAACCAAAAAUCACCCGUCCACCAAUUAAUGUAAAACUGAUCGAAGGAGUAAAAGCUGUUCUUCCUUGCAAUACACUGGGCAAUCCAAAGCCAUCUGUUUCUUGGAUCAAAGGAGAGCAUGCUGUAAAGGAGAAUGCUCGUAUUGCAAUUCUAGAAUCUGGAAGUCUAAGAAUUCAGAAAGUACAAAGAGAAGAUGUUGGACAGUAUCGGUGUUUGGCAAAGAACAGCCUUGGAACUGCUUAUUCCAAACCUGCAAUGUUAGAAGUGGAAGUGGUCGCUAGAAUCUUGAAAGGUCCAGAAUCACAGAAUGUAACAUUUGGUUCAGAAGUAUCUCUGCGUUGCACAGCAGCAGGACUCCCAGUUCCCUCUAUACGGUGGUUUGAAAAUGGAAAAGCUGUUCCAUCAGAAGCUGCAGACGAAAAUAUCAAGGAUGGGGUUAUUUUCUCCAAAUUACAUAUAUAUGCCACCAGACCUGGACUGUUUACUUGUAUGGCAGAUAACAAGCAUAGUGGCAGCUUUGGCACAGCCAAAGCUGCUGCAACAAUCACCAUAUCAGAAUGGAGACUGUACAAAGGUGAAAUCGGGUACUGUAGUACAUAUAGAGGUGAUACCUGUAAUACCAUACUCUCUAAGGAUUUAUUGGUGUUCUUCAAUUCUUCCAAUACUGACCCAGAAGAAAGCCAAGAGAAGCUUGCCGAAAUGGCCUGGUCUGAGCUGAAAUCAGUUAGCUCUCUCUGUCGACCUGCUGCAGAAGCUCUCCUGUGUAAUUCCUUUUUUCAAGAAUGCAACCCAACUGGAGAAGGGCCAACUCCCAAACUAAUAUGCAGGGAACAUUGUCUUGCAGUUAAAGAUCUCUACUGUUUUAAAGAGUGGCUAUCAGCAGAAGAAAAUCCACACAGAGCCAUCUAUAAAGAUGGAUUGAUGUUAUUGGCGCUUCCUGAUUGUGAAAAACUGCCUAGCAUUCAUAACAGCCCUAAGGUCUGCACCCGAAUUCCAUAUUUUGAGUUAAAUAAAGACGAUAUAACAAAAACAUGUUAUAAAGGCAAUGGAAGACAUUACCAAGGAAAUGUUAAUACUACAAUUUCUGGUAUUCAUUGUCAAAAAUGGAUUCAACAGCUGCCCCAUCUACACAGACGCUUACCUGAGGUUUUCCCAGAGCUGCCUCGGUCUGAAAAUUAUUGCAGAAACCCUGGAGGAGAAAGUGAGCGCCCCUGGUGUUAUACAAUGGAUCCGAAUGUACGAUGGGAAUACUGCAACAUAGCAUCGUGCGGGACAAGUGCUGCAAAUUUACCUGCGACAAUUAAAACGGUGUUUGAAUCCCCCAUUAUGCCUUCCUCAUCUUCUUUCUUUUCUUCAACUCACUCAAUGAUUAUCAUAAUAUCCGCCAUCUGCAGCUUUGGAGCUUUGACAUUAGUGUUGAUUGUUGCAGUUUUUUGCUGCCGCAGACAAAAGAAAUUGAAAAACAAAAACAGGGAGGCUGCUGCACCGACCCUAACUGCUCUGCCAUCAGAGCUUUUACUCGACAGGUUACAUCCUAACCCUAUGUAUCAACGACUGCCACUUCUUUUAAAUCCUAAACUCCUAAGCCUUGAGUAUCCAAGAAAUAACAUUGAGUAUGUGAGAGACAUCGGAGAAGGGGCGUUUGGACGAGUCUUUCAAGCAAGAGCUCCAGGGCUACUACCAUACGAACCAUUCACCAUGGUUGCAGUAAAGAUGCUUAAAGAAGAAGCCUCAGCUGAUAUGCAGGCUGAUUUCCAGAGGGAGGCAGCACUGAUGGCGGAAUUUGACCACGCGAAUAUUGUAAAGCUUCUAGGUGUUUGUGCUGUCGGGAAACCAAUGUGUCUUCUUUUUGAAUACAUGGCUCAUGGAGAUUUAAAUGAGUAUUUACGGCAUAGAUCACCCCGUGCAUUAAGUGCUUUGAGUCACAGCAGCCUUGCAGCAAAAGUGAGACUCUCUGACCUCAACCCUUCUCCUCUCUCCUUUAUUGAUCAACUCUAUAUCUCCCGCCAAGUCUCAGCUGGUAUGGCCUAUCUGUCAGAGCGUAAAUUUGUCCACAGAGACUUGGCCACUAGGAAUUGUUUGGUGGGUGAGGACAUGGUGGUGAAAAUAGCAGAUUUUGGUCUUUCUAGAAACAUAUAUUCAGCUGAUUAUUACAAAGCUAACGAGAAUGAUGCCAUUCCAAUUCGCUGGAUGCCUCCAGAGUCUAUCUUUUAUAACCGGUAUACAACAGAGUCAGAUGUCUGGGCCUAUGGAGUGGUCCUUUGGGAGAUAUUCUCCUAUGGUAUGCAACCAUAUUAUGGCAUGGCCCAUGAGGAAGUCAUCUACUAUGUUAGAGAUGGAAAUGUUUUGUCCUGUCCUGAAAACUGUCCAUUGGAGCUUUAUAAUCUAAUGCGUCUCUGUUGGAGCAAGAUGCCAUCUGAUAGGCCGAGUUUUGCCUGUAUCCAUCGCAUUCUGGAGCGUAUGUAUGAAAGAAAUGUUUCUGCUGCUCAUGUUUGAAGGACUUUUCCCCCAAUAUUCAAUACUCACUGACCGUUUCUUUCCAAUGGAGUACCAGGGCCUCACUUCAAUGUCCUGUACUGUAGAACAAAACCUUAAAGAAUUGUCUGUAUUUAAAUGAGGUAAAUGAAUGCAGCAGAGUUUAUGUUCUGCAAAGGAUUUGGUAUUUUCCUUAAAAAAAUGGAUAAUCUGAAAUGUGGUAAAACUUUAAGCCUUCUUUAAAUAUGCUUCAGGAGAUGUAUUAAUUCCACUUUGAGUGACCUUCAAAAAGCAUAAGCAGGUGCUGUGUAUAUGCGAAAUGUUGUCACGUAGCUCUGCUAACCCUGCAAAUAUACUGAAACCUUGAAUUAGGACUGUUCAGCAGUGAGAAUUAAAUUCCAUUCAGUGAAUAAGUAAUUAAAACUGUCUUUUAUUAUACAAACAGCCAUCCACUAUUUUGAUGUUUCUGAAGGUUUGGACAGACCAUUUUUUUAUUAUUACUUGUCACAGAGUCAGAUCAAGCUUUAUUAUCCCAUUCAUUCCUUUUAUCUGAUAAUGAAGGCAUAACAAAAUGCCUAUUUGUACGUAUUGUAGAAUCCAUAAUUAGAUGUUAAGACAGUAGCAAAAUACCACAAAUGUCAUCAUUUUUAAUCUAAACUAAAUAUUAUUAAUCCACAUAUGUGCACUUUUUUUAGAUAGGCUUCAAUUCAUUAUCAUUGAGAAGUCUUAAAGGCACAGCACUCUCACUCUCACACCUUUCAAGCUAACUAUACCUUUAAUACCCUGGCACUUAUAUCACCUAUUCUCUUCAUAAACCAUGAUAUAAACCAUUAUGUUAUGUUCUGAAACAAAAUCUUUUUCAAAAUGUUGUUUUAGAGAGUAUCACUUGUCAAGCUUUCUUGAUAAAAUUAUUUUAGAUAUAUAAUUUACACUUAAAACCAUUUCCCCUCGACUGUCCCACAGGGUGGGACAUUUUAAUUUUCUAAUUCCGAUCGUAUGCCCCACCUGGUGGGACAUAUGAGUAGCAUACAAGUUUGACGAUCGUAUGGCUCAACCAGAGGGACUUAAUGUUAUCGGAUAAAGGCGACUUGAAAAAAAACGCACCCACAAAGUGAUUUCUAUAAAUAAAUUUGGCAAAUUUGGUGAACGACACUGAAAUUUUAUCCGAGUGGAAAGAUGCCUUCAACAUAUGUGUGCAGGUGCAAAUUUAAAAAAAAACUUUACAUGUAGAAAGCCUGUUUAGCCAUUAUUUUUACCCCAUUGUUUCUGCAAAUACUUUUUUAGGAGGCAUAUCUUACCGAGGACUAUAAAAUCUAAAUUUUCAUGUAUGUGCUAAAAUAAAGGAACGCAGAAAGAGAUACAAUUAAAAGAAGAGUAUACACUCCCUUUAGAACUGUAAAAUGGGUUUAGAUAAUAUGCCUUUUAUUGCAUCAUAAUCCACCAUUUAUGUGUCGAUAUUGCUGCAAACUCAAAAUAUUCCAGUGGAUUACCAGUAUUUGUGAUUCAUUUAUUUAAUCAUUAAACUCUAAGUUAUGAUAUUAUUUCACUAAAUAGUUAUCACCAAUUUUGCUCAUUUUCAUAAUUAUAAAUGGCUUAAAAUGUCUGUGCAAUAAACUGAUCUAUGUUUUUUCUUUUCCAUAUGUAUUUGUA